UUUAGUUGUGCGUUUCAUAUUCCGAAGAAAUGUUUUGAUCUUGUUUCGAUAUUUAUUCUUAAUCCCAUCGAUAUGGAAGACCAAGAUGUAGACGAUCUUGACCUCUUGGCUAGUCUUGUCAAUAGUGAUUCCGAAUUUCUUGAUGAAGGUAGCCUUCUGGAAGCAAUUCCAUCCGAUGCUUCAUUGCGAUCGCCAACAGAAACACAGCAAACAGCUAAUGAGCAAAACACACGAUCUGGAACAACAUCGAAUUUGACCAUGGAAGAAAUGGCGGCACAAAUGGCUAGCAUGGAAGAAUACAUAAAAAAGCUUGAAGCAGAAAAGGCUGUUUUGUUAUCACCAACAUCAAAGAAUAACAUACAGCAGUCUAACUCUGCUGACAAAGAACAAGAGUCCAAAGUUAGGGAGAACAAAAGCUCAAGGCAAGACAUGGACCAGCAGAUGCUGUUUUCAAAGGACUGCAAAAGAACAGCCCAUGCUCCCACACGCUGUGUUAGCAAGACAGUUUCCUCAGAUUCUUCCUCCAGGCCUUACAAUUCUACAAACCAUAAAGCUUCCGAAGUCUCAUCAUCUGUAAAAAUGAAACCUGGACAUGGCCCAGAAACAAAAACUUCAAGGACUGCCGAAAGAAUGAGGACACAAGAUAACAAUCCAAGUAAUGGAAAACUGGCGAAAAAUGCUGCAGAUGAAACAGAGAGCAGAACAAGAAAGACAACAGAUGACAAUAAAUUUUCUCAGGAUAGGUUUUCUAGCUUGCGAAUUAUUAAUCCACUGAUCUCAUCAGUUGUUAUGGAGAAGAGAAUGGAAGGACGCAGAAUGGUGAAAAUAUCACAGAUAUCAACCAAGAUUAAGGGAAAUAAUGAUUUUGAUGGGGACUGGGUGACAAUUGGUGUGAUAGUUCAAAAAAUGCCUCCGAAGAAAAGCUCAAAUGGGCAAACUUAUGGUAUAUGGAAACUCUCAGAUCUUGGACCUAACACUAGCAAUGAAAUUGUUGCAUUGUUUCUCUUUGGUGAUGUCUACAAAGAGCACUGGAAGACGACAGAAGGAAGUGUGGUGGCCGUCCUUAAUGCUUCUCUAUUACCAGCAAAAGAGAAAAAUUCUAAAGACCUGGCUCUCACUUUGGACAAUGCCAAAAAACUUAUGCUGAUGGGAAUAUCCAAAGAUCUUGGUAAAUGCAAAGGAGUAAAAAAGUCAGACAAUCGUCCAUGUACAAAUUUUGUCAACAGACAACAUGGUGAGUUCUGUGAAUACCAUGUCCAAGCAGCCUACCGCUCAAUGAGAGCCCAAAGAAUGGAAUGCCAGACAGGUUAUGGUCCCUCAGCUAAAGCGCCACUUAUGAAGAAGUUUCAGAAAGACCUCAAUGCUUCAACCUUCAUGUAUCAAGGACGUACAGUGAAUGCAUCUAAUCACAACACCGACCACAAAAAGAAGAAUGUUUCUCUGAAGAGUCUUAACGUAGGUAAAAGAAAUGGGUCCACGGAGGCAGCAGUGAAAGGUGAUUCAGAUCAUCAAAACGGACCUAAAAGCAAUCCUGCCGUUGAACCUUCAGACUUCUUAGUGCAACUUCUUGAAAUGCCAACAGUUGGCUCCAGAAACCUGAUCCGACAUCUAAACCAGGACGAGGAACAAAAAAAGCCAGAGGAAGAACGAAAGCCCUCAAUGUCUGCUUCUGAGCUUCUAAAAGCGCAUGAAAAGGAAGUCAAACGAACGAAGUCUUUGUCCACGGGUACACCCGGUGCACCCAUGUUGGGGCGUGGUCUGGCACCAGGAUCGGAUCUCUUCUUUGAUGAUUCACCCAGGUUCAGAAAACGGAAAUUAAAUGAUGCAGAAAGAGCCAAGCUCAAAGCUUUGUCACUUGUGAAACAGAAAGGACCUAUCGAAAAAGAAGACCCAAACGCUGUUCGCAAAAAGUUAUCUCCUAAAGCACAGGAAGAAAUUCAAAAGAAAGCGUUUGAAGAGAGCAGUAAAGAAAACAAUGAUGGAAAUACUGAUCAAGAUUCACGGAAAAAAAGAAGACGGAUUUUAGGACCAGAGUUUGGAUCGAUAGAUCUGGCUUCUGAAGAAGGUAAAAUACUACUGGCUGCAAAAUCACAGCAUGUUGGAGCCGUGCGAGAGGCUGUGGCCGAGAGGGAGGAAAAAUACUUCAACGAACUGGAAAAGAAAGAAAGACUAGAGGAUAAAAUGAAGACGAUCACAGAGCUCAAAGUGAAAGUUGUUAGCUGUAAACAGUGUGAUUACGUAGCGGAGAGUGCCUCGGAACUCUGCCACAAGGAAAAGCAUGCGCUGAAGUAUUGUAAGGCUCUCAAGAAGUUCUUCGUGUGUAAGGGCUGCAAAACUCGUGCGGUGUCAUAUGGAUCACCAAUUCCUAAACAUCCUUGCAAGCAAUGCGGUGCUUCAAACUAUCAGAAAACAUCCAUUUACAAGGAAACGGAAGGACCGAAAAUAGCUGGAGAGACACUACUCGUUAGAGGAGAAGAAGUUCCCAAAUUUCUCAACAGCCUUUAAUUAAGAGUUAUAUUAAAAUAAUUUUAAUCAGAGCAUUUGUUAUAUUACCUUGUAAAUGAAACAGUUUUAAUUAUAUUGAAAAAUUUUACCUGCAGUCGAACAAGUUUAGAUUUAUAUCGUUGUUGAGUAAACCCGUUUUGAAAAGA